AUGUUGUCACCAUGCUAUACUCAUGUUCUUUUAAUAAUUUCGUGUAUAAUAUUUUUUUUUUCGGCUAUUUCUUUUAUCAAACGUAUUCAAAUUCAUUCAAAUUUAACUCAACCGACUCAAAUCUUAUCUGUUUAUGAUAAUCAUCAUUCUCAAAAUCAAUUUUCUUCAUACACCACAAUUAUCAAUAAAAAUCAUUUAAAUACUUCAGAUGAACAAAUCAAUGAAAGAUUUCUUAAUAAAAAAGUUCUUGCAUUGAAUAAAACAUAUAAUUCAAUAUUAGAUCGUUUAACAUUUAUUAAUCCACCAAAAUCAAUAUGUAUUUAUCCAAAGCAUACACAAAAUUUCAUAGUUUUUAUUGUUCUUUCACGUGCACUUAAUUUUGAUUUUCGUCAAGCAAUUCGUGCUACAUGGGGCCGUAAUGGAAAAUAUAAACAAUAUAAUAUUCAUGUACAAACUAUAUUUUUUGUUGGAACUGACGAUAGUGUUCAAUCAGCUAUACGACUUGAACAAUCAUUAUUUAAUGAUGUUGUUGAAGUUGUUAUACCAGAAAAUUAUCCAUUUGUCGCUCAUAAAGAAUUAGCAUCUUUAUUCUGGACUCGUCUUUAUUGUCCAUUAGCUCGUCUUAUAUUUCGUGCUGAUGAUGACAUCUUAUUGGAUACAUUUUUAUUAUUAGAUUAUAUAAAAAAUCAUUUAAAUAUUAAUACUCAAGAUGGUUUACAUGGAUGGUUUCGUUUUAAUAAUACAGUUCAUCGUGCAGAUAAAUGGGCUAUAACAAAAAUUGAAUAUAAACCAAAAAUAUAUCCUCCAUAUACAUUUGGUAUAGGUUAUUUAUUUUCAAAUGUUUCAUGUCAACGUUUAGUUAAUGCAGCCAAUCGUCCAAAACAUCAAGUAAUACGUGUGGGUGAUGCAUAUAUAACUGGUAUUUUACGUGAUUUAGCACGAAUACCAUAUUAUGAUUUUCAAAAUCUUGAAUAUGCUUAUACAUUUUAUAAUCCAAUAUCAUGUGAUAUAUUUUUUGAGGAUAAACCUCAGUUAUUAUUAUGUAUGUCAAAAUUACAUGUUGGAAUACGUGAUGAUCCAUUUGAAUUCUAUGAUGUUUGGAAUAUUAUUUUAACUAAACAUCAUACAUCAUUAUCAAAUGCAACUUGA